AUAAUGUCGCAUUCGUUGCCUACACAAUGAUUCUGUUUUGUCUAGGCACUUUUAUCACUAUAAAUAUGAUUUAGUCAACAUAGUGACCUCUAUCCAAUGUAUGCUCACAAAUAAAACUUGUAUCCCAGUGGCUGUUAAGGUGUCCGUCCAAUCGGGUGACCCACCCUAGAUGUUUUUUAAAUUUUAUUUUGUGCCCAUAUGUCGUUCUACUGGCGUGAAGAACGUUCUAGCAGCUUACUAUAUGAUCGCAGCGCGUGCUCUCACGAACAUCAUAUCGAGCUACUAUAACGUGCUAAACGCUUCAAUUGAUUUGAGUUCAAGUUUCUGUUUUCUGUAUUCCAUCAAAAGUUCUCGUUAAUCCUGUAACACGCCUUGAUUCUCGUCAUAAACGACUUUUCGUGUCUUGCUUUAAAAUAGUAAUAUCGAACAAACCUUAC